GUGCUAGCGUGGGCCUGCGGUUGGCCGCCCGGGGCCCGGGCUCCCCGCCCCCGCCCGCGCCCUCGCACCUCCGCCUACUCUACGCGAUGACGCACCGCAGGUUUGCGGACGUGGCGGCGGCUGUCGGUCCGGAAGGUGGGGACGGCGGCGACGGUGGCAGGAGCGCACCGGGAACAACCGAGAACCCGGAGUCGGUCAUGAGCUUCCCCGGGCCCGCGGCCGUGGUGGCGGACGGAACCGUGUCGCCGCGCCCCUGCUAGAGGACAGAUUAUAACAUCAUGGCGGGGAGGAACGAGACUCGAACUGCCUCCCUCCCAGAAACUCAGGCCAGCAGCCAGCUGCAUGCCUUUGGGAGCUGUACAGACAGUGACCUGUUGGAAGGAGAUGCUGAAGUGUAUGAACUUCGGUCCAGAGGAAGGGAGAAGGUUCGGAGAAGCACAUCGAAAGACAGGCUUGAUGAUGUCAUUCUGCUAACAAAAGACGUACAGGAAGGAGACACUCUGAAUGCAGUAGCCCUUCAGUACUGUUGUACGGUAGCAGAUAUCAAAAGAGUUAACAAUCUCAUCAGUGAUCAAGAUUUUUUUGCCCUUAGGUCUAUCAAAAUUCCAGUUAAAAAGUUUAGUUCUUUGACUGAAACUCUUCACCCUCUGAAAGGAAGACAAGCUUUGCAUCCCCCACCCGCCGCAUGUGCUCCAGAGCGGGCAGCUGUGGCCCCCGGUGUCUGUCUCCCUUCCACUGAGUCAGCCGGCAGGUUCCUGAAAGAGGUGGAUCGGGACAUAGAGCAGAUAGUGAAGUGCACAGACACCAAGAAGGAGAACCUGGACGAGGUGGUGUCCGCCUUCACAGCACAGCAGAGCCGCUUUGAACCCAAUAGCAGAAGCACUCACAGAAAGGACCCGUACUACGGAGCAGACUGGGGAAUUGGUUGGUGGACAGCUGUGGUGAUAAUGCUGAUAGUGGGUAUAAUAACACCAGUAUUUUAUCUGCUCUAUUAUGAAAUUUUAGCUAAAGUGGAUGUCAGUCACCAUUCAACAGUGGGCUCUUCCCAUUGGCAUCCAGGACUCACACCUCCAUCACAGCCCAGAGAGAUGGGAAAUGGGAUUGGUCCAACAAAAGGAAUACAUGUUAGUCAGCAAGAUGACCACAACCUAUAUAGGCAAGAUUCACAAUCAACUGCUGCUCAGCACAGAACGUAGUGGUGAGCUCUGACCAGUGUGGAUGGGCGAGUGUGCCUAUGGAUGUGGUGGUUCACAGAUAGCCAACAGCUGCUUUGAAGUCAGCGUUAGGGACGUCGAAGAUGCUCUGUUUUCACCUUGAUUGUCUGUAACACACACAUGUGCUUUAUAUUGAGACUGGUCAGAAUACAUCUGCUGUAUCAGUUCUUAAAGCAGAAAUUAAUCUAAAUGUAUGUCUAAGAAUUCUAACUUGCAAAAUGCUGUCAUUUUUCUUAUUCAGGAUUAGUUAUGUUUAAAUUUAUUUUUUGAAAGAUUAUUUUUUAAUUUAAGGUUGUUCAUGUCAAGUUUUUCACUUAACAGCUGAAGAAAAUUUGCUACCAUACCACCAAAAGACUAGUUUUGAUUCUAAAAUUAUGAUACCAAGUACUAACACUCAAUUUUGAAACUUUUUUUUUUUUUGAGACAGGGUUUCUCUGUGUAGU